AUGUUACCCGGACUUUUGAUAGCACUGUCGUUGGUUGGUGUCGCAGAAUCAAACGCCAUUUGUGCGUGCUGUCUAGCUGCAACAAUUUGUGCACCACCACCACCACCCUGUCCUCCACCGGUUGAAUGUCCACCAGCACAAUGUGUUUGUGCUCCACCACCACCACCACCACCACCACCACCAUGUGUAUGCCGACCUGUGUUACCGCCACCACCACCACCACCACCACCAAUGGUUGAGUGUUGUGUCAUGUGCGUAGAUCCAUGUGCCUAUGGACGACGAAAGAAGCGUAGCAUUUCAGAUGGUGCAACACAUUUGUUACCAGAAUAUGAAAACAUUGAUGACCCAAUUUGCAAUAAUCCAAAGUUGAAGAAAAUUAUGGAAAAUAACAUAGAUAAUGAUGUAACAGAAGCAAGACGAAAGAUUAAAGAAGAUGGCGAGAAUAAGCUUCAUAUGAAAUUAUCUGUCUUUUGUGGAACUGGACAGUUUUCAUAUUCAGCUUAUACAGAAAGUCACUGCCAAGUUCGAAAAGGUGAUAUGACCUGUUAUGCAUUUAAGAUGCCAAUAUAA